AUGCCUGAAGAUGUGAAGCUUUCCGACUACGUUGCCAGUGGGAAGGCUCCUGCUUUCAAGGCAGCCGAGGCAAAGCUGGCCAACGUUGGCUCUAGGAUCACGGAAAUUCAAUCCCAGAUUAAUUGUCCAAAGGCUGCCACAAUCAAUGACGAUCGGCGAUGCCCGGAAAGGGCCUGGACAAAACGAACGACUAUCCUGGCUGCCAACACCAUUGACACCCAGAUGAAGGAGAUUACCAGCGCGGGAGGGAACAUCAGCGUCUUUGGUAUUCCGAUGAGUGUUGGCGGCGGCGGAAGCCGCACUGAUGAGCGCAACAGUCACACUGCUACGUGGGACAAUGCUAGCAAGACCUUGAAGGUCGUCCCGGGCCCAGAUGUUGGAUUUGCCACAGUUGGCGGCGUCGUCGGUGACAAGUCUGAUAUCUUGCAAGGGACCUAUAGUCCCCGUAACCUGCGCAGUUUGGUUGCCAGUCCAAGCUUAUCAACAAUCAACGAGGUUCUCUGCAGACCAACAUUUUCAUAUUUUCCUGCAUUUCAUGCGGCACACUUAUCUGUUGGAAAUAUCGCAGCAAUUUACGCAGCGGAAUUGGAAGGCCCCAACGUAGGAAUUUCGGCACAUCUGCUCAUGGGGAUUCUCAUCUGUGCGUGUCAUGACAUGACAUUUGCCGCAUUUUCUGUGGUUUCGGGGCCGGGGGGCGGGAAUGCUUUCAUCAAUGCUUUCAUCAAUGCUUUCAUCAAUGCUUUCAUCAAUGCUUUCAUCAAUGCUUUCAUCAAUGCUUUCAUCAAUGCUUUCAUCAAUGCUUUCAUCAAUGCUUUCAUCAAUGCUUUCAUCAAUGCUUUCAUCAAUGCUUUCAUCAAUGCUUUCAUCAAUGCUUUCAUCAAUGCUUUCAUCAAUGCUUUCAUCAAUGCUUUCAUCAUGAGCAGCUUAGUGUCAGAGAAUGGCUGCGCUCCAGCUUCACGGCUUCCUGAAUGA